AUGAAUAACUAAUCUGUGAAUAUGCAUUACAAUGACCAGAUAAAGAUGAAGGCGUCAGAAGUAUUUCAGAGUCACUAUAUUAAUACCCAAACAUCGAAAUAGGAAUAAACUAUUGUAAUUUGCUUAAUUGUUUUUGGCAAUAUAAUUUGGAACGUGAUUGCUAAUUUUUAAAACACUGAGUUAAGUCGUUAUCGCUUGGAAUUAACGAUUAAAGUUAUUGAGACUCUUUGGAUUGUAUUUCACUACCUGAAGAAAAAGUAAGCAUUUACUCCAGAGUCCUUUUUGAAUUUAGGUUUAACAAUUUUAUUGAUAAAUGGCCUAAUUACAAUAUUCACCAUAGAGGAUGUACUCAGAAGAUCGGAGUAGGUAUUGGACCAAUUUACUUUUUUCAUAUUAAUCCACCAAUAUAUCUACAAUAGGUUUUCCUUGAAAUUGCACCAGACUCAUCAGGUAAUCGGAAUCAGUAGUGUUUUGGUGUUUUAGAGUUUUUGGGGAAACCACCUUUUUAGCACAAUCAAAAUGAUAACAGUGUAAGGAGUUUUCAUUUUAUCAAAAUAAUUGCGAUAACAAAGACUGAUGAAUGAGACUCAAAACAAGAUCAAGCAAUUCAAUGAAGAGUUGGAUUAAUUGAAGUAGUAGUAAUAAUAAUAGAUUAAUAAAUAUCAAGAAGAAAUAGAUUCGAAAUCACAGAUGCAAUUGCAAUCUAGGGCUAAUGACCUAGUGAAUAAAUUGAAACUAAUCAAAUUUAAGCAGUAAUGCGAAAUCAAGAAUCAGAUGUUAAAGAAUGUUGGUCAAUAACAAGAAAAGUUAUAAUCGAUGGUUUCAAUAACAGAAGUAAUGGGAAGGGAUGAAAUCGAUGAAGCCACAAAUCAACAAAAUUACUCAUCAUCGCCUAAAAUGGAGAACUUCAAGAGGAGAGCAAGCAGAACUCUAUCUCAAAAUUCGGAUUUAAAAGGAAAAAACUUUCAGUUUGAUCAAUAGCAAUCUCACUCGGAUUAAGAUAUCGUGAAGGGUGACAAUUAUAUCACAAUUGAUGAAAUCGACGAUCUACUGAAUUUGUUGACUGGUAAGAAGGACAAUAUAUGGUUGCCAAAGUUCUUGAGAAGUCAUCGCUAAUUGGAUUGUUUAAAUAGUAACAACAGCAUUUAACAAGCAUCCAAAGAGGAUCAAUUUAGUUAAGAUGCCAAGAAAUUCAUACUUUCCCAUUUCACUUAAAAAGAAGCUUCCUUCUAAUAUAUUGAUGACAUUUAGGAUGAUGUGGAUGACAUAGCUGAGAAAACUCUAAUUGAUUUCAACAUCAAUUUCCUAUAACAAGAUUUCACAUUAAACAACUUAGACUUAUCAUAGAGGAUGAUUUUUAUAGAAGGUUCUAUAAAUUUGUUUAAAAUAUUCAAGGUCAUCUAAACUUUGAAGAUUACUAAUCUGGAAACACUUGGAGAAUUUAGUGUCAAAAUAGAAUCUCUAUAUCAGAAUAAUUUCUAUCAUAAUUCAAUGCAUGCCAUAGAUGUCGCAAAUUCAACAGCAUUUUUCUUACAAAAUGGAUUGUCAACUUUAAUCGAUGAUUUCUAAGCUACUUGCUUAUUGAUUUCGUCAUUGGCACAUGACAUCGGACAUCCAGGAUUAAAUAAUGGGUUUAUGACUGCAAAUAGAUGUCGAUUAGCCUUAUUAUUUAAUGACCAAAGUGUUUUGGAGAAUUAUCACUCAUUUCUUUUGUUCUAGGUUCUCACUCAAAGCAAUUGCAAUAUCAUUGAAAACCUAAGCAUCAAUGAAAUCAAGGGAUUCAGAAAGUACUGUUUGAAUCUUAUUCUUGAUACUGAUCUAACCAGACACUUUCAAUUGAUGAACAAAUUCUAAAAUUAUUUGAAUGUCAAUGAAUCUCCUGCUGUUGAUUAGCAAUUAAUUAUGUCGAUUGGAAUUAAAUGUGCAGAUGUUGGACAUGGGGCAAAAGAAUUGAAAUUGCACAAAUUGUGGAGUCGUAGAAUUGUUGAGGAGUUCUUUUUGUAAGGGGAUUUAGAGAACUAUUUGAAAGUACCCAUCUCACCAAUGUGUGAUAGAAAUCAGAAUGUUUCCAAAUCCCAGGAGGGCUUUUUGAAAGCCAUAGUGUUGCCGAUGUUUGAGGCCUUUUCAACAAUCCUAAAGAAUGAAAACAUCUAAAAAACUUGUGUUGAUUAGGUAAAAUAAAACAUAGAAUACUGGUAAUAGCAGGAGACUGAUUAGAAGUUUAUGGAAGAAACUGUAUUUGACACUAAUUCAGGAUUGGAAACUCUUCAGAAGUUCCUACAUGAGCCACUUCAUAUUGAGAUUUGA